AUGAAUAUUCCAAAACGUUACCCAUCACUAGUCAUAUUGAUUGUCUUCAUAGCUACAGAUCUAUCUCGUGCAGUCACAAGAAACAACAUUCCUGCUGCAAACGAUCCAUCAUUACCAUCGAUAAAAGAUGUGUUUAAACCUUUCGGAAAGAUUACUGUAGAAAUCAUCAAUGAUAUUGGUGGUACAGUACCAUUGCCUUUUCAUUGUAAAUCAAAGGACGAUGAUUUUGGUGACCAGAGUUUGCAACCUGGUGGGUCGUGGUCGUUUAGUUUUAAGCGUCAGUUCUUUGGAAGGACAUUGUUUUUCUGUUCUUUUGUGUUGCCCAAUGGAAGCUUUUAUUUCGACAUAUUUAGAGACCACCGAGAUACUGCUGGCGAGGACUGGUGCCAACAUUGCGUGUGGAAGAUAAGACCAACCGGACCUUGUAGGUUUAACGGUGUUCAUAAGAAGUUCGAUGUUUGUUUUCCAUGGAAUAAAAAUAAGUCAUUGUAUUGA